CGCGAGAAAGGUUGUCAGUGAAGUUAGGCUGGACUUAUAAAAGCGCGGGAAUAGCAGUAGUUUACGUGUUUUGAUUGUCUGUGGACAGAGAGUGUUUUGAAGUUAUGUGGCAAAUUUCUAGUGAAAAUUAAAUAUUUGUUUUUAUACAAGAUGUGUUGACGUCAUACGAAAGAAUGGAGGUACGGGGGACCCAUUGGAGAUGGAGGCUGAUCUUUUCAGCACUUUCCUUGGCGUUUGCAAACUCACAAGAUAUAUCAGCAUGCUGUGAUAAAGCCACAGGAACAUGUCGGAGCGUUUGCGAAAAGAUGUCGCUGGUGGAAAUUGCGUCGGACUCCGCUAUGAGGGAAGAAAGAAUUCAAAAUAUUUAUAAAUUUUGUACACCGCAACUGAUAGACUUCUGGAUAUGCAUGAACCAAACAAUACAAGAGGUGGUGUCAGGAUCUGGGUGGUGGGGCCGUGCAUGCUGUUCCUUAGGCCACUCGCCCUGGUGCCGUCGUGCCUGCGCCACAGCUUCUGAUGCCAGAUCUCUAUCCACUGCCUGUCGCCGCUCAGAUGAAAUUGCGUUUUUCGAUUGUGUUCAGAAACAACAAGAGGCACAGUGGUGUUGUUCCCAAACCCAAUCACUAAGCUGUCAUGAAUCCUGCUCUCGCGCUCUAUGGCGCGUGGGUCAAACACGGGCCAACACUACUGACCGUGACCGCGCAGUUGAAGCUUGUGAUCAAUCGCCACCACUCUUACGAUGCCUCUCAGAAUUAACAGCAUCAACUGUACAUACUGAUACGUCUAAGUAUCUGCCAUGUUGCCACGAGUCUCCAAGUACAGAAUGCAGAAGUACUUGCGAAUCCGUGCUUCGAAGGACCGGGGAGUCUCAGGAAAUAGCAGAGGCCCUUUCACAAGAAUGUGGGGCACCCGCCCUUCAUGACAACAUGUGGCAAUGCUUCCUAAGAAAGGACGCUCCUCCUGACACCAAAGAUGUUAUUCCACACGAUGUUGCCAAGUUGCAUUGCUGUCAAAAAGGAGCAACAAUAAAUUGCAGAAGACUUUGUUUCAAUACAUUCAACUCGGGCUGGCAAAACAAUUGGCAGAAAUUUUAUACCGAAUGUUUGGUUGACCCUCAAGAAACAGAAUUGGCCGAGUGUAUCGAAGAAGUUGAGGCCCCAUGCUCGCUGGGUUGUGCGGGUCUGACAUACUGCAGUCAGCUGAACAACCGACCAGCUACUUUGUUCCGGUCUUGUUCCGCUCAGGCAGACCUUGAUGCGCAUUUGGCCGUGGCUGAACAGAAGGGGUCUGGCUAUGUGACAGUAGCGGGAGUGCAGCUGCCUUUAAAAAAUUCAUCUCAGUGUACGGCGGACGUUUGGAAGAGCGUAGCUUGCGCACUGCAUGUAAAACCUUGUACAGCCAAGGGUCAUAGCAGCCUCCUAUGUAUGGACGACUGUUUGAAGUUGGUCUCGUCGUGCGUUGAAUGGUCUCGCGCGCCCUUGUCUGCGCCCGCCCUUUGCGCGAGACUCGCUCCGCGACACGAGAACGCACCUUGUGUUUCACUCACGGACUUCAUGGCGCCUAGCCAAGAACCUCCGUUGCUAUCAGCGGUUGAAGCAGUGCGGUCUCCGUGCGCAGGCGCACCUUGUAAUUCCUCGCAAGUGUGUGCGCUCAACAGGAGUUGUGUCUCGAGCAACUCCUGCGCACGAUACACCUGUCUUGAAGGAUGUCCUUUAGGUGACGGUAGCCCGUACGUAGUGCCAAUAGGGUCGUGGGUUCGUGUCCCGAUGCCGUGCGCAGCUCAGAAGGUUUGCAUCAAAGUCUGCCGAUGCUCCAGCCGAGGUCUCACCAACUGCCAACCGCUGCCCAGCGUGGCUUUGGAUAAUUGCCGCCUACACGAUAAAAUUGUUAAGCAUGGUGAGAAAUACUACAUGGAGUGCAACCCGUGUCGCUGCGCUUGCGGCGAGCGUGUGUGCGGCCGCCGCGCGUGUGGGCGAGCAGCUUUACUCACGGGUCUGCCUUGUAAUUGCCCGCCGCAUCAUUUGCCCGUCACGACCCCCGGACGACUAUAUCCCAACGCUUGUCUUGCUAAAUGCGCAGGCGCAACGGACGGUGAGAUAGAGUUCGGUGCGCGUGCGCCGUGCGCCAAUGCGGCCUGUCCACGAAGACACGUGUGCCUGCCCGCCACUUCCGUUUGCCUCUCACGAUUGCAACUUGAUUGUCCUCAAUUUACUUGUGUGAACAUAACCCAUUGCCAUAGUCAGCCAUCUUCGCCCGUGUGCGACACAGACGGACACACACACACGAAUCCGUGCCAUCUUGUCAUGAGUGGAAGAAAACUGGCCUAUUGGGGACAUUGUCUACAGGGAUGUUCCGCGAGUGGUACAGUGUGUGGGGUCAAUGGAGUCACAUACUCAUCAGAAUGUGCGGCUUGGGCUGAAUAUGUGAGCGUAGACUACUUCGGCCCUUGCUUCGCAGUCGGACCUAUCUCCGAUGCAAUGGAACCCAAGUGCCAAUUAGACAGAAUCCUUUGCCCGCCAUUAAAAAGGGAAUUCUGCCUCGGCUUCACGGCGCCCGGGGCUUGCUGCCCGAAAUGCGGUGGCGCCCUCCGAAUACUAUAUUCAAAGAAACAGAUCGACAGAGCGCUCUACGGCACGAACAUCUCUGCCUCGGUCAUUAAUCUGAGAAAUGUCCUCUCGUCCUUGGAGCGACACGUCAAAGUUUCAGAAUGCGCGUUAAGAGGGUACUUGACGAUCGAGAUGGAAAUAUUUGUGACGGUAGAAUCGAUUUUAAGGCGCCCGACGGAUUUGCAGUUGAAAGUUUGCGUUUUGGAAGCUGAGAAAAUCGCCGAUCUCAUUAACCGGGACAGUGCGUUGAUAACGAGUGAUUUAGGGUUAAGUGCAUUAUCGUAUGCUUUAACUGUUCACACAGUUCCCACUCAAGGAGUUGGAAGAUUAUCCAUAUCUCUUGUUACCUUAGCGUUUUCGUUUAUAAGUGUUGUAUUGAGAUAAAUCUCGCUCUGUAAUUAUAAUGUAUAAUAUGUAAAUAUAGAUUUUGUAACUAGAAAAAUGCUUUGGUUUGCUUUACGAAAGGCGCUUAAGAGUGCUAAGUAUGAAGUGCCAUGUUAGUUAUAACUAUAUCUUCAAAUUUUUACUUGUUGAAAGUUUUUUUUAUAUUCAAUAGUGCGGGUACUUUUGCAGCGUGUUACAUGCCACCUACUAAAUCGACUUCAAAACCCUAACUUAAGAAUUUGUAUCAACUAUGUUAAAUAAA